GGUAGAGCAGCGGCGCCGAUGGCUGAGAGGACGGUUGCUCUCAUGUCGCAGGAAGGAGAGGAGGCUGCCGCUGUGCAGUGCCCUGUCCGGGCCGCCCUCAACCAUUUGUGUCAGGAACUCAAUCUGGACGUUGACAGCGCUUCGGAAGCCCUUCGAGAUUUCACAGCCUUGCGGGGCACCUACAGCCUUGAGGGAGACGUUAUACAUUGGUUGGCUUGUGCUCUCUACGUUGCUUGCCGUAGAAGUGUAGUGCCUACUGUAGGAAGUAGUUUGAUGAAAGGAAAUUGUGUCUCACUGACCAGAAUUCUGCGUUCUGCGAAGUUAAGCUUAAUUCAGUUUUUUAGUAAAAUGAAAAAAUGGAUGGACAUGUCAAACCUGUGUCAAGAAUUUCGAGAGAGAAUAGAGAAGUUGGAGAGAAACUUUGAAGUGUCCACAGUAAUAUUCAAAAAAUAUACCCCAAUCUUUUUAGAUAUAUUUAAAAAUCCUUAUGAAGAACAACCUAAAUUUCAAAGAAGCAGGAAACAAAGACGGGUACCCUGUAGUGCUAAAGAUCUAUUCAACUUCUGCUGGACUCUAUUUGUCUACACAAAGGGUAAUUUCAGUAUGAUUGGAGAUGAUCUAGUGAACUCAUAUCAUUUACUUUUAUGCUGCUUGGAUAUGGUUUUUGCAAGUGCACUUUUGUGUCCAUAUAAAAAAGAUUUAAUAAAUCCAUCUUUCAAAGGUUUGCAAGAAGACUUUCAUACAACUGACUCCAGAACUUCUGAAAGGCCACCAUGCAUUAUUUCUACACUGUGUGAAUUACAUGAUGGACUUUUGGUAGAUGCCAAAGGCAUAAAAGAACAUUACUUUAAGCCAUAUAUUUCAAAGCUCUAUGAUAGGAAGAUUUUAAAAGGAGAUUGUCUCUUGGAUCCAAGCAACUUUGUAAAUAACAACAAAGCCCUGAAUAAAGAAUAUGAAGAAUAUGUUCUCACAAAAGGUGAUUUUGAUGAAAGAAUUUUCUUGGGAGCAGACGCAGAAGAAGAAAUUGGAACACCUCAAAAAUGUUGUGCAGCUACACCAUGCGGAAAUAUAAGAGCUCAUGCUGAAUGUCAUCUUCAACAACAUUUUGAGAAAAGAUCCUUUGCACCAUCAACCCCCUUAACUGGCAGGAAUUAUUUGAAAGAGAAGGAAUCAGUAAUUACACCAGUUGCUUCUGCAACACAGAGUGUGAGCCGGUUACAAAGUAUUGUAGCAGGGUUGAAAAAUGCACCAAGUGAACAGCUUGUAGCUAUUUUUGAAUCAUGUAUACGGAAUCCUAUGGAGAAUAUCCUGAAAAGAGUAAAAAAGAUAGGUGAUAUUUUCCGUCAGAAUUAUACUCUCUCUGUCAAUAAUCAACUGGUAUGCCAUUUAGAUUUCGCUCUUCACCGAUUAAAAUUGGCAGAAAUUUUGUAUUAUAACAGUUUGGAAACUAUAAUGAUACAAGAAAAGAGAAGGCUGCCUGGCAAAGACAUGUCUACCAUUUUAGAACAAGAUAUUUUCCAUUGCUCUUUGCUUGCAUGUUGUUUUGAAAUAGUGCUGUUUGCAUAUGGUUCACCAAGAACUUUUCCCUGGAUCAUUGAUAUUCUUAAUGUCAAGCCAUUCCAUUUCUAUAAGGUGAUUGAAGUAUUGAUUCGUUCGGAAGAAGGACUCUCAAGAGAUAUGGUAAAACACCUCAACAGCAUUGAGGAACAGAUACUUGAAAAUCUAGCCUGGAGAGAAAACUCUGUACUUUGGGAUGCCCUUCAAGCCUCAGAAGAUGAGGUUCCACGCUGUGAAGAAGUAAUAUUUCCAAGUAAUUUUGAAACAGGAAAUGGAGGAAAAGGAUUAGGAUAUCUUCCUAUGAUGCCAGCAUCUCCUAUCAUGCACCCCAGAGUAAAAGAGGUUCGGACAAAUCACGAGGGCAGUCAUAGGCGAGAUUUGCAGCUAUUGUCUCCAAUCUCCAUUCAUGAUCGUUACAAUUCUCCUAUGGCAGGGAGUGCUAAAAGAAGGCUUUUUGGAGAUGAAAGCCCUCCCACAAAACCUGCAGAAAAAAAAUAUGCUGAAGCAAUGAAGCUGACAACAGACAAGCAUAUGCCUGUUUCACCUGAUGAAAUUGCUCGAAGUAUGGCACAAACUGCAGUAACAAGACAAAAAGUAACAAUCCCAUUACACGGUAAUACAAAUGAGACAGGAAGGAUCACAUUGAUACCUAUUGCAGUCAAUAUAUCUGAAGACUCUAAAGUGGACAGCUAUGGACAAGUCCCACUCAGUGCUGAUGCUUUAAUGACUGCUUGUCCAAGUCAGCCUUCUCCAAGUGAACCCUUUCAUUCAACAGGAAACAAGCCAAAGAAAACUGGAUCUCUAGCACUUUUUUUCAGAAAGGUGUACAAUUUGGCAAGUGUUCGAUUACGUGAUCUAUGCUCAAAACUGGAUGUUUCCAAUGAUUUACGAGGGAAGAUAUGGACUUGUUUUGAAUUCACUUUAGUCCAUUGUACAGAUCUAAUGAAAGAGAGACACUUGGAUCAGCUUCUUCUCUGUGCUUUUUAUAUCAUGGCAAAGGUUCUUUGUUUCCAGGUACUCUAAAUAAAUGUUUUCCUUUGGCCAGCUA